AAAGGACAGGGUGAGAUGGGUAGGUUCCGUUUACAUCGGUUGCUCUCUCUUUCUGCCCUGCUCCUCACUGCCCCCAAAUUUCUUACAGGUGUCUGUGAUCAGAGUUUUGGGAUUCACGUCGCAGAGCUUGCCAAUUUCCCUAGGCAUGUAAUAGAGUGUGCGAGACAAAAGGCUCUGGAGCUAGAGGAGUUUCAGAAUAUUGGAGAAUCACAAGGAUAUGAUGACAUGGAGCCAGCCGCAAAGAGGUGCUAUCUGGAAAGAGAGCAAGGUGAAAAAAUUAUUCAGGAGUUUUUAUCCAAGGUGAAGCAAGUGCCUUUUACUGAAAUGUCAGAAGAAAACAUCACAAUGAAGUUAAAACAGCUGAAAGCUGAGGUAAUAGCAAAGAAUAAUAGUUUUGUAAAUGAAAUCAUUUCACGAAUCAAAGUUACUACAUGAGAAAAUCCCACCAAAGGAGCGAAGAGAAUUCUGAUAAGCUGUUGUCUUUAACACUUUUGUAUUGUUUUUUAUUAACCCUGUUUUCAUAUUGCCGGCAAUUUGAGACCCAUGGGAUAUCAACUUAAUAAAAUAUUUAAUAAUACUUUGAGUACAUUUUCAAAGAUUUUUAUUUUGGAAGAAUGAGAGCUGUAGCUGAGGAAUACUUAAAUGGACAUGGGCAAUAGUAGGCAAUGUGUUGAAUUUCAUAAAUAAAGUCAUGUAGUUUGUGGAAUUUGA